GCUAAGAGAAUGAUAAUUACGAAAGGGACGAACCUGUUGAGUUGAGCUUGAGCUUGAGCUUUACUCCAUACGGAGAAAUUUGGCGCCGAGUGAUUCUUGAAAAAAUUCAUGGAUUCUAUGUGGAUGCCAUUCUUGCUUACUCUUUUAUUAUCUGCCGCCGCCGCCGAUUCUUCACUCUUUGAAGCCAACGGCGUGCCCAUAGUCCGGAAUAUCAGCGAGAUUAAUCAGGAUAACUAUGGUAGGCUCGGUUUAUCUCACAUUACAAUUGCCGGUUCAGUAAUGCACGGGUUCAAAGAGAUUGAGGUGUGGCUACAAACAUUUGCACCGGGCGCUCGUACGCCGAUUCACAGGCACUCGUGUGAGGAGAUAUUUGUGGUUCUAAAAGGGAGUGGCACUCUUUAUCUUGCCUCCGAUUCGCAUAAAAAUUAUCCCGGCAGCCCACAACAGUUUCCGAUUUUCACGAAUACUACAUUUCAUAUCCCUAUCAAUGAUGCUCAUCAGGUCUGGAAUACGAACGAACACGAGGAUUUGCAGUUUCUGGUUAUUAUAUCUCGACCUCCAAUAAAAGUGUUCAUAUAUGAGGAUUGGUAUAUGCCACACACCGCUGCCAAAUUGAAGUUCCCUUAUUAUUGGGAUGAAUUGUCUUACGGCCAAACAGCUCCCGUAAAAGACGAGCUUUGAAAGAACUUCAAUAACUGCUGUCAAGUUAAAGUUCAACAGUUAAACACAAUUUGAUGUUUUGUUUUGUAUCAUAAAAAGGUUUUUGAUAUGUUUACUAUUACUAGUAUGUGGAUCUCUUUCGAUAAUUAAUAAUAUGUAAGCAUUUGACGACUAAAUUAUCGAUCUUGUGAGGAGUUUCCUUUUCUUAAAAAAAAUAAUGUAGCUUUUAU